AUGCCCUGGGGAUCCAUAAUGCUACUGUCACAACACUCAUCGAGCAUAAAUGUCCACGGGUCGACCGGCGAUGCACCAGAAUCUGUCCACCCCAGAGUUGCUAGAGUCAAUUCUGUUGCAUCUGGACCUUCGUACACUCCUGACGUCCGCCCAAAGAACCUGUCAGGUAUGGCAAAAUCUAAUACAGGAGGCACCGGGAUUGCAGAGAGCUCUCUUGAUGGGGAUUCCCACGGUCGCAAAGUGCAGUCUUUGAGCUGGCGCGGUGGCAUUCGUUCUGGGGCGCGUUUGGCGUCUAUCUCUAUUACGAGGUUCCGGUGCAAAUCUCGCAAAACGCGAGACGGUCUACGCAUGGAAACGCUGUUCGAGCAUAUCCUCUUUGCCCCACAAACUCGGCUUGGGCUUAUGGAAAGUGCCAAGGAUUACCUGGUGGGGGUGGGAUACGUCGGACCGGUCAAUCGGGAGACAUCUCGAGAGCUCUGGGGACAGUCAUGGCUGCGAGCCCCCGAUUCCCGGGAGGACCACACUUUGGCUGCACGAUUGGACUGGCAGGGAUGGCAUGGUUAUCAGGGAUUGAUGGGAGAUGUACGCCAGCUGCAAUUCCAGUUUGGCCCCGAGAUAUACGAGGAUCUGUAG